CCGCCCUACCACCAUCCUUGAGCCACCGCCCCACCGUGGCCACCACGGUCAGCGGCAAAGCUGUUGAGCAGCAGACCAGAUCUGGCCGUUGAGCGACGACGGUUCCACAUUUGGAAGUGCGUCUCCCUCCGCCGUUGUGUGAAUGAGCCGUCGUCACUGGUGGCCAAGGCUCCUGAUCUGGCACAAAUGGAACUUGUUCUACCCAAUGGUAGUUUUCUGUUUCGGUCGCAUCUCGUGACAGAACAAACCUGGACGCUUCCAAUCCACGGAUAUUGUGUUGAGUGGUGGAAGGAGAGACCAGCUUCAGCCAUUGACUCUCUUCCGACCAAAUCCAGUCCCUUGCCGCCAGAACUAGAACUGAGGAACCGGACGGAGGAGACGGCCAAGCUAGAGAGAUGCCGCGCCACUGCCGACUCCGUCGGCGGCAACGGCGGAGGUUGGGCUCGUGGUUGCAUACGGAAGAGGAGGAAGAGAGAAGUCCAGUUGGAUUGGGAGACUGCAAGACCAGAGGGACGAAUGGCCAACAACGACUCCGCUGAUAUCGGGAGGUAAACUCACG